AACUCGAGGAGUGUGGUACGGAUGCCAGUCCUAGCCACGGAUUGGCGGCCGGGACGAGUACGACACGACAGGGGGCGUUUAAGAAGCCGAAAAUGCCACUGAAGAUGAAACGAAUUUAAGGGAUCGCCACUACCAGCCAGUGCCAAUGAUGUCUAGUGAACGUGUAUAAUUGGAGGUAGUUCCUCGAAUCACAGCAUGGCUUCCAUGGCAGAUUCCGAACUAGCCCCAUGUAUGGCCUUUUGACUUGCAGUUUGUUUGUUGAGACAGUAGUAGGCAUCAAUGUCGAUCAUAUGUGGCCUGCCUCUCCUUGAGUGUGUUUACUGCCUGGCAUGUGCUCGCUGGGCAUGGAAACGGUGUCUCCACACCGCAGGUUAUGACAGUGAAACUUGGGGCCUUGCCACUACUGAAGAGAUUGAACCCAUCCCUCGCCUAUGCCGCUACAUUCUCGCUGCCUACGAAGAUGAUCUUUGGCACCCACUAUGGGAACCUCCUGGAGGUUAUGGAAUUAAUCCAGAUUGGUUACUUCUCAAAAAAAAUUAUGAAGAUACUAGUGGGCGAGCCCCUCCCUACAUAUUAUAUCUUGACCACGACCAUGAUGAUAUAGUUCUUGCCAUUAAAGGCCUCAACUUUGCAAAAGAGAGUGAUUAUGCAGUUCUGCUGGAUAAUAAGCUAGGCCAAAGGAAAUUUGACGGUGGCUAUGUUCACAAUGGGCUUUUGAAGGCAGCGGCAUGGGUUUUGGAUGCAGAAUGUGAGGGUUUGAGGGAAUUGGUGGAGAAGUACACAAAUUAUACUUUGACUUUCACUGGACAUUCACUUGGAUCGGGUGUGGCAGCAUUAUUGACCGUGGUGGUUGUGCAAAACCGGGAUAGAUUGGGUAAUAUUGACAGGAAGAGGGUCAGAUGCUAUGCUAUUGCACCAGCCAGGUGUAUGUCAUUAAAUUUGGCAGUGAGAUACGCAGAUGUAAUCAAUUCAGUUGUCCUUCAGGAUGACUUCUUGCCCCGCACAGCUACACCAUUGGAAGAUGUAUUCAAGUCACUUUUCUGUUUGCCAUGCAUAUUAUGUUUGAGGUGCAUGAGGGAUACAUGCAUACCAGAGGAUAAGAUGCUCAAAGAUCCGAGGAGGCUAUAUGCACCCGGUCGCCUAUAUCACAUAGUUGAGAGAAAGCCUUUCAGGAUGGGCAAGUUUCCCCCUGUUGUGAGGGCAGCAGUGCCUGUAGAUGGGAGGUUUGAGCACAUUGUCCUUUCUUGUAAUGCCACUUCUGACCAUGCUAUCAUAUGCAUAGAGCGGGAAGCCCAGAGGGCUCUGGAUUUAAUGCUUGAGAAGGAUAAGAUUACGGAAAUUCCUCCAAAGCAACGGAUGGAGCGACAGGAAACUUUAGCCAGAGAACACAGUGAGGAGUACAAGGCUGCACUACAGAGGGCUGUUACUCUGGCUGUGCUACAUGCUUACUCACCUUCACUGUAUGGCACUUUUUAUCAGCAGGAGGGGGAGAUUUCAAGCAGAUCAAGUGGGGAAUCCUCUAUUGGCUCGUCUAAGAAAAACAAGAAGGAAGAAAGUUGGGAAGAAUUGAUUGAACGUCUUUUUGACAAGGAUGAUUCAGGUCAUUUGGUGCUCAAGAAAUCACAUAGUGAUAAUUGAUGUUGUAAUUUGAAGGAAAACUUAAAAGAAAAUCAUGUAAGAGAGAGAGAGAGAGAGAGAGAGAGAGAGAGAGAGAUGAUUAGGUCUUUGGAGAACAUUAUUCGUUGAUUCAUUUGUACUUUUUCCCUAUCGAUAAUAAAAUGGUGUUUUUGUGUGAUGC